ACAAAAAAAAACACAGUAAAAAAAGCCAAAAAUUUCAAGAAUUCCAUUUUUUCUUUGAUCACCCACGUACCCCACCCCUACCCCACCCCCACCACCCCAACAAUGGCUGCAGCUAAGAAUAUAUCCAUAGAAGAAACUGUUGAAAUAGCUAGAAAAUGUUGGUUUAAGUUCAAGAAAGUGUCAAUUCUUGCACUUUAUACUCCAUUUGUUGUUUGUUUAGCUUCUGGAACUUUAAAGAUUGAAACUUUACAGCAUUUCAUAGCUCAAAAUUCUUAUUACCUCAAAGCAUUUGCUAAAGGAUAUGAAGCUGCAAUAGAGUGUACUGACGAUGAUGAUGCAAAGGUUGGCCUUAGUGAAAUGAGGAAAAAUGUCAUGAAAGAACUCGAGAUGCAAGAUACGGUUAUUCAAGAGUGGGACUCCGAUAUGGUCAAGAAGUGUGCUCUAAACCCGGGAACAGUCAAAUACACGGAUUUCUUACUGGCUACAACCUCAGGAAAGAUUGAAGGAGUAAAAACUGCUACACUUGCUACACCGUUCGAGAGAACUAAGUUGGCAGCUUAUAUCCUUGGUGCUAUGGUUCCCGGCAUUAGGCUUUAUGCUUACCUUGGUAAGGAGCUACUGGUGUUUCUUGCGGGAGAAACAACUCAUCCGUAUAAGAGAAUAAUUGAAAAUUAUGCAUCUGAAGGUUUCGAGGGAUUGGCGCUGCAAAAUGAGAGCUGGUUGGACAAACUAAGCGUCUCUUUGACAGGCGAAGAGCUCGACAUCAUUGAGAAGCUUUAUCAGCAAGCAAUGAAACUUGAAUUGGGGUUCCUGUUAGCGCAGCCACUUGAUCAGAAAUCCGUCAUCCCUAUAUCAAGAGAGCACAAUCCUUCUGAAGAACGGCUUGUGAUAUUCUUUAAUUUUGAUAUGACAUGCACGGCUGUUGAUUCUUCAGCCAUCUUGGCAGAAAUUGCAAUUAUAUCAGCACCAAAAUCUGGUGAAAAUCAACCGGAGAAUGAACUUGUUAGAUUGUCGUCAGCAGAUUUGAGAAGUACGUGGGAAGAUCUUUCUAAGCAGUAUACCGAAGAAUAUGAGCAAUGCAUAGACACAAUGUUGCUCGGUGAAAAAGCUGAAAAUUUUGAUUACGAAAGGCUGCAUAAAGCGCUUGAGCAGCUUUCAGAUUUUGAGAAAAGAGCUAAUACGAGGGUGAGUGAAUCUGGUGUACUGAAAGGGCUGAACCUUGAAGACAUAAAGCGAGCUGGGGAGCGGAUGAUUCUUCGGGAUGGUUGUAACAACUUUUUCCACAGCAUAAUAAAAAACGAACAGUUGAAUGCAGACAUUCAUGUCCUCUCCUAUUGUUGGUGCGGUGACCUUAUAAGGUCUGCGUUUUCAUCAGGCGUUCUGGAUGUUCUGAAUGUGCACGCCAACGAGUUUAUAUUCGAAGAAAAUCUAUCCACCGGUGAAAUUGUCAAGAAAGUCGAAUCUCCCAUCGACAAGAUUCAAGCGUUCAGUAAGAUUUUAAACAACUGCAGCAGCGACAAAAAGAAUCUAACAGUUCACGUUGGGGAUACCGCGAGUGAUUUGCUUUGCUUGCUACAAGCAGAUAUCGGCAUUGUGCUUAAUCCAAGCUCAAGUCUGACGAGAGUUGGAAAUCAUUUUGGCGUCUCUUUUAUCCCGCUGUUCCCUGGCAUCGUUGAGAAACAGAAGAUUUCUGCUGCAGGAGACGACUCAUCUCGCUGGAACAGACUCUCCGGUGUUCUCUAUACCGUUUCUAGCUGGUCUGAGAUUCACGCGUUCAUACUGGGGUCGAUGUAGAACCUUUUUUUUCAACUCACAAACUCGUCGUGUUAACUAGGGAAGUACAGACAAAUCAUAGAUAGUGAUAGAGAUCAUACAUACAGCUUGGUGGUAAGUUUUAUUGCAGGCCACAUAUCAGCUCUCUUCAGUAAGUGUAAAAUCGUCGCGCGCGAGGAAGUUGGUGUUCACAACAAUAUUGUUAUAUGGUUGUUAAAGAUUCUUGCUUUUUAGUACCAAGGCAAGGCAAUAAUUGUAUUACUAGCUGAAAAUUUUGUACCUGCUUAACUUGUUUUUGGUUCUGCAGCUAUUAUGAACAAAAGUACUAUUGAUAAAUGCAUAAGACAUUUUCUA